UGCGGGCAUCAUAACAUCGAAACAUAAUUUAUUUACUUAAUUUAGACUUUUGAAUGCUAUUUUGCAAUUGAAUAAUUAUAAAAGUGUAAUGGGGAAACGAAAACGUAAGGAUUCACCGGAAUAUAUUAAGAAGAAGAUUCGGAAACUAGAAAAACGGCUACGACGUUAUGAUAGUUCAGAUAGCAGUGACAAAACAAAUAGUACUCAUAGCACGAGAUCCGUACCCGAUCUGGGAAAUGUAGCACAACCUAGAUCUCCAUACAAUGGCGAAACAGGUCCAAUAUUCAAUGUAUCCGAUUCAACUACAUCUAGCCCUCGAGCUAUUAGAUCCACUGUAAAUUUGGUGGAAUAUGAUAAUGCAGCACCUUCUACGAUGGGAGAAGACGUGGCGCCAUCCACAUCUGCUGCUGACCCAACAUCGGAUCCACAAAUUACAACUAUUAUAACAACAGAUAUACUUGAUAUACUAGGAGAAUCUAAGAAAAAACCAGAAGUGUUUGGACCUGGGAUUCAGGAAGAGAUCUCUAAACGUUGGGGUCGUAUAUUGUGUGAGGGCCUGGAUAAAGAUCAGAAGAAAGGGCUUAUGGAAAAAAUCCUUGUACCGGAAAAUUUUCAGUUAGUUAAAGCACCUAAGCUAAAUCUUGAAAUAGCAGUCGUGCUAAUUGAGUCUACAAAAAACCGUGAUAAACGGCUCGAAAAAGCUCAAAACCAUUUAGGUCUAGGAAUUGCCUCCUUGACUAACUUAAUAGCCUUCUUAAUCGAGAAAGAUAUGGAUAAACUUGAGAUUAUUAAGGGUUUAUCCGAAGCAAAUCAAAUCCUUCUGGAUCUGCACUUUGAAAAUACGCUAAAUCGACGUAAACUAAUCACUUACUCACUAGAUAAAAAAUUUCUUGAUAUUGUACAGGAUGUACAAAGAGAUUCCAUGCUAUUCGGAGAAAAUCUUACCGAAAAGAUAAAAGCUUCUAAAUCAGCUGAGAAGUCAGGUCUUCAAAUCAAGAAAACUAACGAAGCUUCGACUUCUAGUAACAUUAAAUAUCAAGAGGGAAACCGAAAAGCCCUACCGCGUCAGACUCAACGCGGAGUCAAACGGGGUGGAGCCAGAAAUCGACCAAUAUUAUUUUAGAUUUCGUUUUGAUUCUAUUUCCCAAUGAAGAUUUACCUUUAGGAUAAAUUACAAAAAGGCUAGCAGUUCUACUCGCAUUGUCAACAGGACAACGAGUCCAGACACUGUCACUUAUUAGAAUGUCAAAUGUGAAAAUUAGUGAAUCUUCUAUUCAAAUUAUAAUCAAUGAUAUAAUUAAAACAUCGGCUCCGUAUUGCCUUAUGCCUAAUUUAGUGAUACCAUUUUAUCCAAAUAAAAUAGAAGUAUGUCCUGCAAGGACGCUCUUGUCGUAUGUCGAAGCUACAGUAAGAUUGCGAUCAGAAGAUAAUACUGAUCGACUAUUCUUAACCACUAAAAAACCAUUUCGUAAUGCCAGUUCUUCCACUAUCAGCAGAUGGAUAAAAGAAAUCAUGCGUGAUAGUGGCAUUAACACGGAUAUCUAGUCUGCACAUAGUACUCGCCACGCGUCUACUUCGGCAGCUUGUAGAAAUGGUUUGUCAAUAGAUUUAAUCGAACAAUUUGCCGGUUGGUCUGGAAAUAGCUUAGUUUUCACUCAAUUUUACAAUAGACCUUUAGCUGAGUAUAAUGAAAGCGCCUUUACAGAAGCUGUAUAUGAAAAUAUUUAAUAUUGUUACUAUUUGUCUUCCAAUCACAAUCAGGUCUAUUAUCUCACUCAGGAUUAUUCUUUAUGUGUAAUUUAAAUAUAUCCUUUUUUGGUUUGUUGUAUCAUUUAAACUUUAAAUAAAUUUCGCAAUUUGCUCUGAACAUCCUACAUAGUGAAUUAAUAAAUCUCGAGGAUGCAACGCUGUAGUAUAAUUAAUGGUUAAACAAAAUUACCUGUGUGACGUUUGACCAUAAUUAUACGAAGCGUUGCAUCCGAAGAGAUUUACAUCCCUCCCUUCCCAAAAAAUUACAUACUAUAAAUUUAUUCCCUAUUUGCAUCAUUGCGAAAUUUAGCUCUAAAGAAAUGAGCUGACAGCGCGGGAGUGCGGCUGGCAGGCGCCGACGGCAGAAAAUGGUACUAAUUUGCUCCGUGAGUCAACAGAGUUCCUUUUUUAUUGAUUUUUACUCUAAAAAUGUGCUUGAUGCCCAGUACAUUGAGAAGUGGACUACAUAGUGAAUUAAUAAAUCUCUUCGGAUGCAACGCUUCGUAUAAUUAUGGUCAAACGUCACACAGGUAAGUUUGUUUAACCAUUAAUUAUACAAAUAAUUAUUGGUUACAUAAGUAUUAGUUUUGUGAAAUGAGAUACAGUGACAAUAAUGAAAUAAUGUAUAAAAGCUACAUUUAUGAUAUACUUAUAUACGACAUACUUUAUGAAAAUACAUAUUUUGGAUGUAUUUUGACUGCCUCGUGGCGUAGUUGUAUUGCAUGCAUGGUACAAUAGCGCUCUGAGGUCCUGGGUUCGAAUCCCGGGUCGGGCAAAGUGAUAUUUGGGUUUUUUCUGCUCAGUAUCAGCCCGGAGU